AUGACAACUCAGUCCAGGACCUAUAACAACGCACACUUCUGUUAUGAAUCCUCAAACAAGUCUUGUGCAAAGCAUGACUAUUCAGCUACAGUAAGAGCUCCUCUCUAUGUUGUAUUAGGGGCUGUCAUAAUUCUCACCGUUUUUGGCAAUCUUCUUGUCAUCAUUACUAUAGCUCAUUUCAAACAGCUCCACACUCCCACCAACUACCUUGUCCUCUCCCUGGCUGUCACUGACUUUCUCCUGGGGGCAGUCAUCAUGCCACCUAGCAUGGUUCGCUCACUGGAGACCUGCUGGUAUUUGGGUAAGCUGUUCUUUGAUCGGUACUAUGCUGUCUGUCAGCCACUCCGUUACCAUAGCAAGAUCACAAACUAUGUCACAAUGACCAUGAUCUUGACCUGUUGGAGUCUGUCUGCCUUGUUAGGUUUUGGGAUGAUAUUUUCGGACUUAAACACCUGGGCUACAGCAGAAAUUUACACGGAAAAUUUUCUCUGUGAGGGAGGUUGUACUGUGUUACAAAGCAGAAUGUCAAGUACUUUUUAUUCUGUUGUAUUUUUUUUUCUCCCAGCCCUUCUUAUUAUUGUCCUCUAUCUAAAAAUCAUCUUUAUCGCAAGGAAACAAUCAAGUUCCAUUCAAAAGAGAGUCUGUGCAAAUGUGAACUUGGAAAAUAGCAAAACAUCAUUGAACAAGACGGAACCCAAAGCCACAAAAACAUUGGGAAUCGUUGUUGGUGUUUAUCUUGCUUGCUGGGGCCCCUGGUUUGUGUGUAACCUAAAUGAUCCAGUUAUAGCUUUUUCCUCUCCAGUCUUAACUGAAAUUGUUAUGUGGCUUGGCUAUUUGAAUUCUGCAAUCAACCCUGUAAUAUAUGCUUUCUCUUUCACUUGGUUUAGGAAACCAUUCAAAAGAACAAGUCUUUCAAAAUAUCUCUGGAGGGAGAUGAUAUUCUGGGGGGAGAAUUGGACCUUUGACACCUUUAUUGAGACGGCCGUCACACUGGACAACCUUGCUUGGGACCUGGAGCCGUGGGCAAAGCCCUCCCAGGAGCACAGUGGGCCCCUACAAGAGGAGCCUGAAUCCAUGCAGCUGGGGCCUGGCCGCUUGAACCCUGUCGAACGCCAACUCCGGAUCCAGGAACGCCUGUGCCUCUAUUAUGGGAACCCUGGCCAUUUCCGGCUGUUCUGCCCUGCGCAAUAG